AUGACUGUUCCUUCCACUCCUGUCCAAGCGUACGAUCCACCAAACGGUCGUUCGUCUCCAUCUUCAUUACCUUCCCCUCCCGUCUCACCCCGAUUCAAUCCAGGUCCAAAGCUGCAAUCAAGGUCUUCUUCAUAUUCUCGACCAACAACACUCAGACCGCAUCUGCGACGAUCUAAACCAUCCUUAUUAGACGAACUAUUACCCACACCUACAACUUUCAAUACUCCCAAUCAAACAGAUUCACUCUCGCACGUAAUUCGAAGAGCAGGAUCAGUGGCUGUUAUUACGAUCUUCUUGCUUUCAAUAACAUUCAUGGCUAGUACAACAACCACGUCCCCAGCUGGGAUCCUAAAAGGUGGAGCAAAGGGUUUGAAGGAAGUUUUCGGUGUUGGUAAUCAAGCUGAUGUAGGAAGUUGGAUAAGUCAAGAUAUACAAUCGUCAACUCACAAUAACGAUGACAGUCAAGAAGACAUCACUGGGAGUGAAGGUAUUUCAGAUACAGAUAGUGAAUCUGAACCGAGUGAUGAAGUCAGACCUGAUGUCGAUUUUGAUCACUAUAAAAUGCUUCGAACUUUACCUUCCGAAAAUAUAGAUAUAACAUCAAAGGGUAAAAGGUUGAUAUUCAUUGGUGAUAUUCAUGGAUCAUAUGAUCCCUUCAUUCGAUUAAUGGACAAAAUUUCUUAUUCACCAUCUACUGAUCGACUGAUUCAUGUCGGAGACUUAAUAGCUAAAGGAUCCAAACAUAAUGAGGUCUUAUGGUGGAUGAACGAAAGACGUAUAUUAGGUGUUAGAGGCAAUCACGAUCAAGCUGUUAUUCAGUGGAGAGGUUGGAUGGAAUGGGCAGGUGGAGAAGACUGGGAAGCAUAUAUCGAUAGUCUAUCUUCUGGUGACGAAGAUGGUGCGAUCAAGGCUACGGCUAAACAAGGAAAGCAAUGGCCUAGAGAUUGGAAAUGGAAAGGUGAACAUUGGGAGAUUGCUAGAGCGUUACCAAAGAGAUUAUAUCUAUAUCUUCUGGAUCUUCCUCUAGUCAUUCAUUUACCUUCACUCCAUUCAAUCGUAGUUCACGCUGGUAUAUUACCUUUAGAUCCAUUACAACCAUCUUCAUCACCCGUUCAACCUUUGAUUCAGUUUUCCAACUUUUCAACCAUGACAAAAGAUAUGGAUGUUGAAUCCAUAAGGAAUUCAGAAGAAGUAUCACUCUUGUUUGAUAUACCACAAAAUGCCGUUCCGUGGAAUUUACUCAAUAUGCGAGGUGUUUUCACCAAAGGUAAGAAGAAAGGUAAAAUCACAAAAUCAGGUAAAAAAGGAACCCCGUGGUCCGAUAUCUGGUCAAAACAAAUGAAAAGAUGUAAUGGUAUUGGAAAAUGGACAAUUGACGGUAUGGGUGAAAAACAAAUUGAAAAUAUCAACAACAUAAAUGAAGAUAUCGAAAAUCAAGAAGAUACUGAAGUUGAUGAAGUCGAUCAUCCCUCUACUACCAAGACCAAGACAAAAAGACAAAAACCAGGUACACCAAACGAAUUGCAAAAUGAGAAUUCAGAUGAUCAACAAAUAGGUUGUUCUCCUGUUACCGUUAUAUACGGACAUGCAGCUGGAAGAGGAUUAGACAUUAAACCUUUCAGUAAAGGUUUAGAUACUGGAUGUGUGUACGGUCGUCAACUCACUGUAAUGGUCUUGGGCGACUUAAAAGGUCUUAAAGGUGACAUGGUCAGAGUAGGUGACCAUCAAGGUAUCUUGGUGAACGAACAAUGUGGUGAGGGUGGUACAUAA